GCUGAUUCAAUGAAGAUUGUAAGGAAGAUUCUUGUCUAUACUUUUCAUUAAUUCGUGAUUUUCUUUCUUAUUUCUUUUUCCGUGGAAGAGGAUAAACGCCAAGAUGGGCAAGAUUAAAUGUACGGAACUGAGGACGAAAGACAAGAAGGAGCUGAUAAAGCAGCUUGAGGAGCUCAAAACAGAGCUGACAAAUCUUCGUGUUGCUAAAGUGACUGGUGGUGCUGCCUCUAAAUUGUCAAAGAUCCGUGUAGUGAGAAAGGCAAUAGCUAGAGUAUACAUUAUUAUGCAUCAAAAGCAGAAAGAAAAUCUGCGUUUGUUGUACAAAAACAAAAAGUACAAGCCUCUGGACUUGAGGCCAAAGAAGACAAGGGCAAUCAGGAGAGCAUUGACGCCUUAUCAAGCCAACAGAAAGACCCUUAAAGAAGUACGCAAACGAUCUGCCUUUCCACCAAGGAAAUAUGCUAUAAAGGUGUAAGCUGCAAGGUACUGAUAAGGGAUAAAAUAAAUGUUUUUUAAAAAUUC